AUGAGUUCAUCGUCCAAAACUAACAUCACUKCCACAAAGCUAAUCAACAAACCACCUAUAUCACCAUUAAUUCUCGUUAAAACUAAAAUACCACAAACUAGCAAUAAGUCACCAGAUGACCUUUCCGACAGUGAUGAUAUCUGGCAAACAGUAGACUCAAAUAAACGAAUCAGAUCACCRCUUACCAAAUCUCCUCCAUACAAAAAAGUAGACUCUAGCAUUUUCAUCUCAAAAAACCGCUACGCACCGCUCUCAUCUACCUCGGCAAUUGAAAAUGAAAAUGAAACUCAACGUAUGGAAAUCUCAUCUGAACAGCCCACUGUUAUCAAUAAUGAUACGAAUAUUAUCAAAAUAAAUCUUCCACCCCCUAUCUUCAUUGAAGAAGAGGACUUAGAUUUCAAUACCUUAUGUCUCAAACUUAAGGAAUUGACAGACACCUCCAGUUUUGUUUGCAAAAGUACCACAAAAGGUGUUAAAAUACAAACAUUUAGCUCCGAAUCCUACAGAUCAGUAAUCAAAUUUUUUAAAGAGCAAGCUGUCUCCUUCCACUCAUACCAACCAAAAGAAAAUAAACCGUUCAGAAUCGUUAUMCGUAAUCUUCACCCUUCUACUGAUAAAAACUUUAUCUCCAAAGAACUAUCAGAACUUGGGUUUCAAGUCAAAAGCAUAACAAACGUACUUCAUAAAUCCACAAAAACUCCGUUGCCCCUAUUUUUCGUCGACCUAGAACAAUCCGAGUCAAAUCAAGAYAUCUUUAAAUUAACACUUCUCUGUUACUCCAAAGUCAAAGUCGAGACACCCCAUAUUAAAAAAGAAAUCCCCCAAUGCCAGCGAUGCCAGCGAUGCCAGUCUUACGGCCACACUCGCAGUUAUUGUUUUCAUAACCCAAGAUGCGUACGGUGUGGUAACAACCACGAAUCAACUCAAUGUCAAAAAGACCGUACUGAACCAGCCAAAUGCGCUCUCUGCAGUGGCUCGCAUCCGGCAAAUUAUAGAGGCUGMCAAAUUCACAAAGACCUACUGAAAUACAGAAAACUACAUCUCAACCCUUCACAAAGAUAUAAAAAAGUUCAUCAAUUCUCCUCUGAAACAAAUACCACCCAAGAGAUCCCCAAUUCUCAAAAUUUUUCACUUCUUUCCAAAACCCCCACCAACAGCAUUCCACCGGGUAAUCAUAGAAACCACUGGUCCAAAAAUGAUAUACCUGCCGAAAAUAACCUAACCAAUCAACUUUAUUCCUUCAUUAAUGAACUAAAGUCAUUAAUCAACCCUUUGAUCUCGCUACUCACGACGGUCAUAGAGAAAUUCUUCAAGGAUGGACGCUAA